GGUUGGCGUGUUCCGAAAUUAUAGCAGAGUGCGUUCGCUGGCGCGCGAGAUCAUCUGCGUCGGGCCCCACCAGGCGGGGGCCGACUUCGAGGGGGCGUGCGUCAGGGGCCUUCCCGCGGAGAAGCAGAAGUACAUGGCGGGGUACACCUCGCUCACGGAGAACUGCAGGGGCAAGGCCAAGGGGUGCCUUAAGGAAGUAUGCAGCCGCAGUGACGGCGAAGUUCUCUACGGCGCGCUUUCGUGCGCGCAUUUGGCAAUCACUCUGCGGGCCAUCGACGCGGGGGCAAAGUGGGGGACCCUUACAGACGACCUGGCCCCUUCGCAGGUGGCAAUGCUGCAGCCCAUGUGCGAGGUCGGCGCAGGCUUGCUGAUAAUGUCCGCAGUGGCGGACAAUGACCCUGCGGCGAGGAAGCUCGUGAAGGAGGGGGUGCUCCACGAGGCGCUGGACCCUGAUGUCAUGCUUGGCGAAACGAACUGCUUCAUCAUAGCCCAGGCCAUUAAUCGGCCACAGGCGUUCUCCAUGCGGAUGUCGGAGCUGGAGGCGAUGAAAGUAUUCCCUUCAGAGAUCAAGAACGCAGAGGAGGACGGCAGCGACACAAUCACCUACGAGAACGCGAUGCAGGCGGCAGGUGCCCGACUGGGGAGCCCCCCCUCCGACCCCUCCUUCUGCGACUUCUUCAACUUCAUCCUGAACCUGGGCGCCGAUGGAGGCCCUCGCGCGCGGGAACUCAUCGACUUCGUCGAGACGUACGUCAAUUCUGCUACGAGAAGGUUGCGCCUGCCAGCGUUCGGCCUCGCGGGCAAGGUGAGCGCGCAGUUCCCCCGCGCGAGGGUGGCCAUCAUCCCGCGGUCCUGCAGAACCGACAUCGCGAAGCACCUGGGCAACAAUGCCUCGGCGGUGGUUCAGUUUCUGACCAACAUCAACAUCCAGUGCGCCAGCGCUAUGGCUGUCGCGGUCAAGGCGACCAACCCCUCGACGGCGAAGGCCCGCCAGGCGCUCUUGCAUGGGCGCAGGGCGGCGCGCGCGAACGCCCUGCCGACAGAGCAAGCUGCCGCGCUCAUGGCAGCCGUCCAGGCACAGGGGGAGUGGAAUUGGUUCGACUUUGCAACGCUGCCGCCCGAAGGAAAGACAACCGCAGCGUCGGCUCAGGAAAAGGGGGGCGGGGCCGCCGCGCAGCCCGCGGCGAUCGCUUUCAACGCGAUCACUGGGCGCCCCGAUAACGAACAGGCCACCGUUAGGAAGGAAGAGAGGCCAGCGAUGUGGUUGCCACUGCCAGUCGCAGAGUGGCUGGGCCAGGCAGCCGCCAGGGACAUGGGCAAGACGGAUGCCAACAUGGGAGCGGUGCUGCGCGUGCUACGGGAGAAGCACAUGGCGCUCUGCUCGCGCGUUGAACAGGGCAACAUCGAACCUACCUGUGGCCCUGAGCCGCCGCGCAACGUCCACGUGGAAGCGCGGGCCAAGAGCCCAGAAGGGCCUGCGAAGACUUCGUUCUACAUGCAUCCAGAGUUUGCCGCGCCCGAAAGCAAGACACCCUACGAUGUGGAGGAGACGGGCCCCGCUCAGCGAGAGUGGAAGUGGGCGGGCAAGGAGUCCAUGCGCCCCUUCUGGGCCGUGACGAAGCUCACGGCCGAAGAACUUGGAACGCGAAGCGUCGCUGAAGCAGAGGCGGGGCGAUCGCGUUUUAACGUGGAGCUCGCGCCGAAGGAAGUGAACAUGGUCAUCUGCGGUCUGGUCAUCUGCGCCCGAAUCCCAGCGACGACCAACGCGGUGGAUCUCCAGGCGGGCGAG